AUGGCAAACCCUCAGCAAAGACAGAAGCAAAAGUCCGGAAAGGCCAAGCUCACCCGCAAAACCGCUCAACAGCGUAAGAAGGUCCCAAUCAAGGGCUCCGAGAUCAUCGCAGCAAACUGGGAUAAAAAAUUCACCCUCAAGCAAAACUACGCACGUUUAGGUCUCGUAGCGACGCCGAACCCACUAUCCGGUGGUAGCGAGAAGCUGAAUCCACCAAAGAAACUCGAUGUCGAGAAAGAGAAGUCGAAGCUAAAGGCGAACGAAGCCAUCAUCGAGCGUGACGAGGCCGGCAACGUCGUGAACAUCAUCUACGGCAAAGCCCCCCUCGAAGACAUGGACAUUGAGCCCGUCGAGGCCAAAACCGAGGUGGUGAAGCAGUUGGAAGAGCAGGCGAGCAAAGCAGUCAAGGCGACGCGUGUGGUAUCGGAAAAUGAGGAGAAGUGGUUACAGGCACUCGUGGAUAAGCAUGGGGAUGAUUAUGAGGCGAUGUUUAGGGAUCGGAAGUUGAACACGAUGCAGAAUAGUGCGGGGCAGAUCAAAAGGAAGAUCAAGGUUUGGAGGGAGAAUGGGAAGAAGCAGAAGAUGGUUGCUGCUUGA